CGUAAUCACGGCCGUUGAUCUGUAUCUCGCCAUCUCGAAACCCUAGCUUUCCUGAAUUUCAAAAAGCCAUUCAAAACUCCCUUUCCCUCAUUCUCAUUGUGGAGAGAGAAAGAGAGAGGAGACAGGGAGGUAAGGCGUCUGGAGAGAAAGAGGAGGGAGAUUCUAGGGCUUGUGAUUUCUCUGCGAUUGAGGUUGAAUUAGCGGUUCCUCAGAGGAGAUGGAGAGGCCGGCGGCGACAUCGCCGUCGUCGACGAAUUCUUCUGCGUUCGUGAGGUGGGAGGAGGUAUUCGUGUCCAGCGACAGAGGAAGAAGAGAAGUUCAUUAUUAUUUGAAGAGAAAGGACGGCUCUUCGGAUCUGGCUGUGAUAGGCAAAGAAAAGAGUUUGAGGCACAUGUCCUAUCAUUACGCGAUUCGAAAUCGAUCUCUUAUUUCGAUUGCGCCAUCUUCCUCUUUGGUGAAGCUGCGGUCUCGAAGAGAGGUGAUUGAUUGGUUGAACUCCCUAGUUCAAGAUUUAUCUCUUCCCAAGACACCCCAACCAACUGGUCCAUCACAAAAUAAUAAAGAUGCAUAUAUUGACAGCCUUAAGGACAUUCAGUUACAAAGGUUGGGUCAUUUUACCAAAGAAUUUUUGUGGUUGGGAUCUCCAUGGACGUGCAGGAAAAGACGGAACCAUUAUCAGUCCUUUCGCCGUAAUGGAAUUAAAAUCUCAGUUCAUGACUUUGUGUAUGUACUGGCUGAAGAGGAUAAGCGUCUUGUUGCUUACUUGGAAGAUAUGUAUGAGGACUCUAGAGGCAACAGGAUGGUUGUGGUACGAUGGUUUCAUAAAAUUGAUGAGGUUGGUAUUGUUUUGCCUCUCAAUUUUAAUGACAGAGAGAUUUUCUUUUCUCUUUGUCAUCAAGAUCUCAGCAUUGAAUGCAUAGAUGGAUUGGCAACUGUCCUUGGUCCCCAGCAUUUUGAGAAAUUUCUGAAUGAGGCUACACAUACUCAGUUGGAACCAUUUGUUUGCCACAAACAGUUUGAUAAUGAUGAGGUCAAGCCCUUUGACAUAACACAGGUGAAAGGUUACUGGAAACAGGAGAUACUCAGAUAUAUGUACACUUCUACUCUAAUGCCUGAUGUAAGAUCUCAGUCAUCAGAUGAUGUUGGCGUUGAAGGAAACCUCAAUGACGCUUCAGGGAGCAGACCCAACAAGAGGCAUUGCCGGUCAGAAGAUGCUGAUGCAUGCUUGCAAUUGACUAACAAAGAAGAGUCAGUUGAUACAUCUCGUGCAAAUUUUCAAAAUAUCAGUAACAGUUUGAUUGAUUACAGAAAUGAACCUGAAACAUGCGCUCUAAAAGAUGGCUCCGCUGUCCCUUUUAUACAUAGAAAAGAGGCUAUUAUACAAAAGCUUCCGCAGUUUUUGGCAAUAGGCUCACAAGUUGAAGUGCUCUCUCAGGACAGUGGCAUUAGAGGCUGUUGGCUUAGAGCUUUGAUCAUCAAGAAGCACAGAUGUAAAGUGAAGGUUCGGUAUCAAGAUAUUAUGGAUGCGGCUGAUGAAACUAGCAAUCUAGAGGAAUGGAUUUUAGCAUCUAGGGUCGCAGUUCCUGAUGAAUCGGGUCUUCGGAUUUGUGGGAGGACAACUAUUCGCCCACCACCCCCUGGUUCUAACAAAGGCAGAGUGUCAUGGGCUUUUGAUGUUGGCUCUGUUGUGGAUGCAUGGUGGCAUGAUGGUUGGUGGGAAGGAAUUGUAGUUCAGAAAGAAUCUGAAGACAGGAUCCAUGUUUAUUUCCCAGGUUUGAAAAGAUAUCCCUUUCAAAUAUUAAAUGCCAUGUUAAUGCAGAAUGGAAAUCAACGAGUUGUGCAUAUCUUGAAACUUCUAUAUUUUUUUGCAGGAGAAAAGCAAGAAUUAGUCUUUGGUCGCAGUGACUUGAGACAUUCUGAGGAAUGGUAUGAAAACAGUUGGAAGCAUAUGAAGGAGAGGCCAGAUCUUGUGACCUCAAUAUUAUCUGGGAGAGAAUCAAAGCAUGUUGUUAGUAAGUCUUCCGAUGGCAAACUAGCACAAACUGCAAUAUGUGAUAUUGGAUGGUCAAAGAAGGAUGAAGGUGGAUGUGUAAACUCUCAGUUGGACUCAGGAAAUGAUAAAUUAAAAGGCUUGGGAUUCGUUCCAGAUCUUUUGAAGGAUGAUACGCUAUCCCAGUUGAAGUGGAAGACAUCAAGGAAGAGAAGACGGGUGAGUGGAGGCUCUGUUCAGAAGCUACACGUCAAUGUUAAUACCAGUAAAAGCGCCUCAGAAAUUAUGGGAUCUCAUGCUUGUGAUAGAUUUUUUAUUCCCAAAUCCUUGAAAGUUGAUUGUGAGAACUGCAAGUAUGUGGGGGAUUCCCUGUUUAGUUCUUCCGUUGUGCCGCCUCUAACAAACUUGGUUAUGUCUAGGUGACAAGUUGCAGAUAUGGAGUAAUUGCCCUCAAUUAGUUAUGGAAAAUUAAUGUUCAUUCUUAUAUAGUGGCAUUUUCCCUUUUUUUAAGUGCAUCAACUUGAUGCGGCUUUGUUCAUGGUUCAGCACCUGACUAAUCUUGUCCACGAGGGGAACGAUCAUUUGAGGAGUAAUGGCAUCAGCAUCCCAGUGCUUUUCCCCCUUGUAUCAAUAUAUAACACUAGCCUGAGCGUCCGAUGGUGCCAUUUCAAUCAUUGGCGGCAGUUUUGAGUGCAGUAGAAUAACCUUCUAGAGCUCUAAUUUUCUUUUCCCUGUUAUAGGAGUCACAGGCCAGUUUCUCUCACAUUGAGUGCUUGCAGGAAUAUUGCUGCUCUAUGUAAUCUGUAUAUCUUUCUCUUAUGUUAAUAAGGAAUUUGACUUGGGCCAAAUUUUUUUA